AUGAGCUCGUUCAAAACCAUCGUGUUGUUGAUUCUUUUCAUCUCUUUCAUGGUCUUUGUGGCCUUUUUUGGAAGAUUACCUGCUCUAAGGCGAACUCCAAUAGCCUUUCUAUACAAGGUGAUAUGGGUUUACAUCCCCAAUGGCGUUCUGGGGAUGGACAAUAUCCUCACUGGAGGGAGGGUAUCCAAAUAUUUAUCACGGUUUGGUAACUAUAUGGUGCACGAGAGGCACUGGACUGUUGUGAUCUUCUUCUUGCUCAUCAUGAGCAUUGGCGAGUACAUGUACCUUCCUGAAGCUUGGUCCAAGAUUGGAACUUUUUCCAAGUUUACUGUCGCCAUAACCGUCUUCCUCCCUUACCUGUUUCUCUAUCUUGCGUGCGCCGCCGACCCCGGCUACAUCACGCCUGAGAACCAUGAGUACUACCUCUCUCUCUACCCUUACGACCAUACCCUGUUCCAUCCUGGACACGUCUGCCGGACCUGCAAGCUUCUUAAGCCUGCUCGAUCCAAGCACUGCAACCUCUGCAAGCGUUGCGUAGCCAAGGCUGAUCACCACUGCGUCUUUAUCAACUCAUGCGUCGGCUAUGGGAAUCAGCACUACUUUGUGCUCUUGCUCGCAUCCACUGCCCUUCUAUGUACAUACGGUGGUGUUCUUGGGUUAUCGAUCAUCACAGCGAGAAUACCCAGAUGGAGCCCUCACUGGUCUUGGUGGAAGCCCAAAAGCAUGGACUGGACAGAGUACGUGGCUGCUUGGGGAUGGGCGAUCCAAGACAACGUCAACAUGGGCGCCACAGCCCUCCUCGCCAUCCUCACGGCUCCUCUCGUCUGGGGUCUUCUUCUCUACACGAUCUAUCUCAUUUGGAGCGGUACCACCACAAACGAGACACUCAAGUGGUCAGAGUGGAAGGAGGACAUGCAGGACGGCUACGCGUUCCGCCGCUCUAUGCCAGCCAAUCGACGAAAGAAUGAACGUGUCGAGCCUCGCUAUACUCGCUGGCCCGUUGAGACGGAGCAGAUCCUCAUCACCACGCAAGACGGACGACCUCCGAAGGACGACGCCCCGAUUCCUGGAGAAGGACCUUGGGAGAGAGUCUGGGGUCUCGGCCAUGUCGAGAAUCUUUACGACAUGGGAUUCUGGGAUAACUUGGUCGACGUCUUUGUGGCAGACUAUGCGUUUGGUCAGAGUUCUGACGACCUCAAUGUCGAGAGGCGUCGCCGGCGAUGA